CUGCAGAAGCCCAAGUCCACACAGCAGGCCACGGCAGGGGGCAGGCGAAGGGAGGACACGAGGACUCCCUGGCUUGGCCAGCAGAGGCAGGGAGGAGCCCAGGAUAACCUGUUCUUUCUUUCCUUCCCUCGCCACCCCCAGCUCUCCAGGGAAAUCUGUGCCAGACUUAGAGCUCACUGCUCUGCAGAGUCAUGCCAACCCAGGCCCUGCUGCCCCUCCUGCUUCUCUGUGUGCUGCUGCUGCAGGCCCAGGGAGGGGUCCGUAAAAGAAGAUCCACAAAGAAGGAGAUGCAGCAAACACAGCUACCACGAGAAAUCAAGAUCUGUGAGAAACCCGUCAACAUACAUAUGUGCAGACGCCCGUGUGCAUAUGACAAAGAGUGUCAGGCAAAUAACAUAUGCUGUUCAACCUUCUGCAGGAAUAUUUGCAUGAACAUCCUGUGAGUGGGAGAGUGGGCUGGGCUGUGCCUCCUGCUCCCUCAACCCUCUGUCAGAGACUGUGCCUGCGACCAAAGCACAAGGAUGUCAACAGGAGUGCACCCCCGCCCCCACUGUCUGAACUACUUGUUCCUGUCAAAUAAACCAGAACAAA